CGACAGCAUCUCUCUCUUUCUCGCGCGCGACGCAGUGUAGUCGACAGCAUCCCACGGGUGGUCUCGAUCGAAGGGAGAGACAAGGCCCGGGAGAGCCGACGAUCCGUCUCUCUUCUCUUCUCUUCUCUUUCUCUUUUCAACCUUUGCACUUUUUACCCUUUCGCGAUCUAAUCCCUUUUGGCAUCAUCUCGCUUCUUUCUCCCUUAUCCUUUUUCCCUUCUUUCUUGCCGUCCUUUCGAUAACUGUCCUCUUAUUCGUGGAAGAAAAUAUGAAAUGAAUGAAUCGAAAAAACAAAAAUUCAUUUACCGGAUCAAGUGAAGGUUUAUCGAAAUAAAUCGUACGAACGCGAUCUGUGACUCUUUAUAGAUAGAGAAAAGAAGAACAGAGAAGGAGAGAGAGAGAGAGGGAGGAAAAUAUUACAGAUAGAGGAUUAAAUAGAAGAAGAAGUAGAAGAGAGACGGACGGUGGCAGGAAAGGAAGAACGCGCGAGCGGAAGAGAUUUGAGCGUGGCGGUUGUUCCGAGAAUACGCGGAAGCGAGAAAGGAAAAGAAAAAGAGAAGGAGGAGAAAGAAGUGGAGGAGGAAGUGGAGGAGGAGGAGGAAGAGAAGGAGUAAAGAGGAGAGGAGAGGAAAGAGGAGGUAUCAGUUACUCUGGCGUCUCGUUCAUCUCAUCCAGUUCGGUUCACGUUCGUGUUCGGUCGCGUGCAAAAGAAGAGACAUACGUACGCACACAUAUACGCACAAACAUACAUAUAGACGCCCCUCCGAGACUCGCGUGGCUACCCUCCGCGACCGCACCUGUCUCGAGCUGAGCAAACGUUUGCGCGCGCGUACCCAAACACGAACGCACGUACACAGGGUCUCUGUGUGUACGACACGACACGACACGACGACGACGACAGCAACCAACGACGAUUGAAGAGUGAAAGAAGAAGAGAGAUAAAGAGAGUGAGAUAAAGAGAGCUAGACAGAGAAAGAGUAACAGAAAGAGAGAGAGAGCAAAAGAGAGAGAGACAACCAACAUCCACCAACAGCAGCAGACUACGAAGAAUCUCUUCACGAUGUCGCGUUGGGAGUCCGCGAAGUGUGUCGUUGCUAUUUUAAAGUAGUACGUAUAUUCCGAGACUUACGGAGGACGUACGAUCCGUUUCGUUCGUCCUCGCUCAGAAAUUCUUAGACGAGAGUGCUUCCUAGAGAGAAGAAUUUAAUAGAGCCAAGAGUUUUUAACGAGACAGCCACGAAUCGAUCGUUUUCAUCGAUACACAUCCGUCCAUAUAUUUUCUAUUUGGAGAAUUUACCUUCGACCUUUUAAUCGUGGUCUUUUCUACCACGCAACGCGUAAAAAUUCAAGCGUGAAAUUAGAACGGAUUUAUCGGUAACAUCUCCGAAAGAAACCUUCUCCGGACACGAAGUUUUACAAAUCGAAGCGAAGUGUUUAAUUCGAUCGGUUAGUGUCAUCGAUCUUUUGUUUACAACGUAUUUGUGUUAGUGCCAGUGAUAUCUUUUUUACGACGUACGAACGAAAAUGAUAAAAUUAGAAGAAUGAAUCGGAGACAUAAUGUUACAACACGAAAUACAUAUGUACUUGCUUAUAUACAAGACGUUAAUCGCUCGUCAAUGUUUACUUACGUUACGAUAAGACGGAUGGAUAAGAGAACGGCUAUGGACAUUAUAAAAAGAUAAUCUUCGAUCUCGUCGACAAAAAGGAAAAAAGGAACAAAGAGAGAAAGAGAAAGAGAGAGAUACUACGUUCUAAAUAAAAAAAUCUAAAGGAGUGAAGUUUACGACUCUAAUGACAUCAUCGUGCAAUAGAGUUGUUGUGUUACAUAUACGUACAUAUAUAUAGACAUAUAUAUAUAUGUCUGUGUGUGUGUAUGUGUAUUGGAAAAAUAGAGAGACAUAAUAAUGUAUGAGAUCGAGAGCGCGUGCGCGUUGACGUGCGUGUUGGCGCACGUCAAACGAGAUCACGCUACGAGAUAAUUACGACGACAAGUCGUCCCCGUGGAUGAAUGAACGUGACCCGCACAUUUUUUUCUGCUCGACGUGGAGAAGGAGGCGAAAGAGGAGAAGAAGAAGAAGAAGAAGAAGAAGAGGAGGAGGAGAAGGAGGAAAAAGAAGAAGAAGAAGAAAAGGAAGAGGAAGAAGUAGUAGCAACGGUAGCGGCGGUGAAGGGUGGGAAAGAAGAAAAAGAAGGGGAAGGAGGUGGACGAAGAGGAACGUUUCGCGUCUUCGUAAGAGAGAAAAAGAGGAAAAAAAAGAAGAAGAGGUAGAAGAAAAAGAAAAAGAAGAAGAAGAGAAUAGCGGUUUUCAUAGCGCAGAUUUAUUCGCAACGUGCCAACAGUACACUUUCGUGAUAUACGCGAGUGCCAAGAACCGCUACUUUCGAAUAGAUAUACAAAUUAAACACGAAAAAUACGAAAGCAACGGAAUGGACCAUUCGAGAUUUUAAAAGAAAGAAAGUUUGAAAUAAAAGAAAGAAAAAGAAAAGAAAGGGUAGCGAACGUUUAUACGAUCAACCAUUUUUCGUAUGCACUUUACAUACUCUAACAUUUGAUUUUAUCGUGUAUCGUCGUUUUUGUUAUGAGAAUCGAAGAUUAUAAUGGAAAGGAAAAUUACCGAAGCACGGCCGAAGAUCGAAAUCGUACGUGUCUCAUCCAUCGAACGGCGAAACUUUCGCCCUUUGGAUGGGGUGCAGCUACGUGCUGCUUAUAGUCAUGUCAGAGUUGGUAUUUAUUGCCCGGAACCGGAAACAACGAAGCCCGUCGUUUGCGAUACCAAACCGCCGAUCGAAUACACGAGGAAAUUUAAAAAAAAUUUGGGACCAGUAUCGAGACUGCUGAGACGUCGUCAUCACGCGACAUGCCUUGCAACCAAAUCCUGUGAUAACAUUUAUAGCGUGAAUAGAAAUAGUAAUUCAUUGGACUGGAGACUAGGACAAAGUGCGAACGAGCAAGGACUGCAAUCUCGACAAAGCAGUAGCUUAGACUGGAGAGUAGGAAGAUCUGUCACUUUUGGUUCCAACAAGCUCCAUUGGCGAAAUGCCACUCGUAGUGCGGAACAACUUUCUGCCAAUACUCCGAUCGGUUCUGAUCAUAUUCAAACGCCAAGUACCAAAUCUAAACUCGUCUCCCUUCUUAGACGACUCUCACCUCGUCUUUCACGACCCGGAAGCAAAGGAUCCUUGCAAUCAUCACCGACGAUCUGUCCAUGGGUCCAAGUAGAAUAUUCGACCGAAUCGAUCGAUGCCUCCAAGCGAGAAGAGUCCCAAGAGAGUGACUUGAGUUUUCAACAGGAAUUACAGUUGAACGAGCUGAGAAAACGAAUGGCCGGAAUCGCUUCUACUUCUCAGGUUAUUACGAAAUCUACGAACGAUAACGAAGAUCAAAUCGUGCCACAUCAUCCGACCUUUCAAGUGCAGGAAUCCGACAGCAUCGGUCGUAACAACUGCAUCCACACAGCCGUGCACGAGGAUCGCGGAGAGGAGAAGCCGUCGUCGAGGGAUCGUCGUCGAUCGAACGUCGAUCGCGAAUCGACUCGGCGUUGUGGGGUGGGUGGAGCCGCCGAGCUACCGGGCCUGGAGGAGUUUGGGGACUCCUGCGUCGCGACGGUGACGUCCUCGGUACCCGGGGCUGGGCUGAGCUCUGGUCGACGCACCAGGCCCCUUUCUCUUGCCGUACAACCUCUCAACUAUCAUCGUCUCGAUCCAGACGCCACAGGCGACGAACUCGAUCAUCAUCUUCUACCCAACAUGACCAGUCAGGAGAGCAUCGGAAGCUGCAGCUUGGACGUCGAUCGUUCCGUCUCCGACCGAUCAGAGAACACCAUAGAUUCCGUCUCAGAGAGAACGCUGCACAGUCUUAACUUGUCGUGUAACGGUGAGCCGAUUUCCACGGCGGAAAAUUUGGUGAACGGUAGCAGCGAGACGCUGCAAAAGUCCCAUCUCACUCCCGAUGAUAAGGUGAUCGUCAGCAAUGGUCAUCGUUGCAGUCCCGAGCCAGAACAGCUGACAGCUAAAAAGCCAAGUUACUUGGGAUUGGCUUGCAGUAUUAGCGGCUACUCAGGCAUCACCAGGUACGAUAGUAAAUUGAGAGAAGGUUUCCGAUCGAGAGACAGCAGCCCUGGUACAAGACUGAUCACUAGGGAUACUAGUCCUGCAGGUUUCAAAUCAAACGAGAAUUUAAGUGUUCCGAUACAUCAUUAUCCGCCUAAGAGUCAAUCAAUUUCACCGCUCGCAAUGGAUCGACAAAAUGGUUUCGCUAACGGUAUGAAGGAGGAGUGUAAGAUAGAAACGUAUAGAGAAACGAGAAAUUCGAUGAGUAUAUGUCAGGGCUUCUCCGAGGUCGAUAAAGGGGUAUCCAUACAUACAACGUUUCCCGACGUAAGCCCUAUUAGGGUAAAUUCUUCCUCGAGGAGGAGUCCUGGGAUCGUACAAGUGAUGUCCUGCGGUCAACAAACGAAAUCCUUUUCAUCGAACUAUGCCGAGUCAUCACCGAAACCUUCUACGAUAAAUAUUUCAAAUGCCUCGUUUAGCGAUACAAGUAUAUUGAAUGGUUCGAACGUCGAGAUUGAACAUCAAACUACGAAUACCUCUUCCAGCAGCGAAAAGUCCUUCAUCCAGCAACGCGUCGAACGACUGUAUGGUCCUGGAGCUCUCGCACAGGGUUUCUUCUUUAAACGCAGCGUUACUAAGCUAAACGUUACUGACAAUAGUUUUAAUAAAUUUAGUAAUAAUAGCGACAACUCGACGGACAACGUUAAUACCGAGGAGUCCUUGAAGAAUCUGCCAGUCCUUAGACAUCUUCGGCCUGAAUUUCGUGCUCAACUGCCUGUGGUCAGUUCCAGAAAACCUACGGACGGUUCCGAACAAAUAAUAAAACCAUUGCGAAGGAUAUCGCCAGCUCCGCGUAAAACUGAACAACAAUCAAAAGUUUGUAAAACUUCUCACGUCUCGGAGAGUGUUACGGAAUCGUCAAGCCAGCACAAUAACAGCAUCGCUAGUAUACCGGAUCAGCAACCCGCAGCACCGAAGGUAGUGUUACCCGUUUUAGAACCAAGUGCUAGUUCCAGUAACGUGGCAAAGCAAAUGCAGGAGUUAGAGAAAACGACUGAAGAAAAGAACGGACACUAUUUUUUGAAACUGUUGAAACAAGAAACGGACAGACUUUUGUCAUUAGCUGCGUCAGCGGAAGCCGAGUUGGCCAGUGGCGAUCCCGUUGCAUUACCCGAGGAAGCAGCUGGUAAAUUGAGAUCGGCCGCUGGCAAAGCGAGAUUGUUAGCUUCGCAAAAAAUGCAGCAGUUCGAGGGAUUGUGUCAAAAAAAUAUCAAUCAAGUGCCAGGCGAAGAAUUUCCAACGACGAACGAAGACUUGGCUGGCUUUUGGGAUAUGGUGAUGCUGCAAGUAGUUCAAGUAAAUGAACUUUUCGAUCAAAUUGAAAAGUCCAGAAAAUCGCAGUGGCAAGAGAUUGUGCCAGAGAAAAAGAGCAAUGCAUCUAUUUCGCAAAAUGGUAGUGCUGCCAAACGUCGAAUAACGCCCGUUCAUAAAACUAAGCCUACUGCGAACAGCGAAGCCAAUAAAAAGGCACGAGAAGCAAGAGAGCAAGCGAGACGACAAAUGAUAGAAGAAAGACGUCGUGCAAUGCGUUCUAAUAUACAAAAUCAAGAUAAUUCGGUGAAAAUUUUUGCCCCCGAAACGUAACGGCGAACUUAAUUCAUUCGGUUCAAGAUUCUUUUUUUCUCUCUUUAUUCUUUUUUCUCUGGGUUUUUCUUUUUUUCUUUUUCUUUAUUUUUUUUUUUUUUUUUUUUUUUGAUCUUUUGUUUUUAUAUACACGAAUAUCAUAUGGAUUAUAACUCCCAUUGGCACUAGGAAUGACAACUUUUAACGUAGCUACAUUCCUGUACGAUAUAACGACUCACAGUAGUAGUUAUUGCUAUUUUAUGCACAAGGCAUAGGUGAGGAAAAGAUUUUGCAAUAUAGCAACAAUUUAAUGAUACCGUUUACAAUUGCUUUCCUCGGAAAAUAAUAAUAAUAAAUAAUAAUAAUAAUAAUAAUAAAUAAUAAUAACAAUAACGAUAAAAAAGAAAGAAAGAAUCGUGUUAUUUAACAAACACAUAAAAAAGAAAGAAAAAACAUAAGUCAUGGAAUAUAUAUAUAUAUAUAUAUAUAUAUAUAUAUAUAUAUAUGUAUAUAUAUAUGUAAUCAGUAUUUCGAAUUAUUUAUAUUAGGAUUUAUUUAAAAAGUAACAUUGAGAAUAUUUUCGACAAUUAGAAAGACAUAAGUGUUACAUUAUUACAAUCAAAAUAUGUAAUUGAUUAAAGUCUAACAUUGGUAUUAUAGAAUCUAAAUGGACGAGCGAGCUUCUAUCUAUUGCAAUUCGUGAUCAUUAUAUUUUCUAUUAUUUUCGAAUAUAGACUGUCGAUUUUUUAUUUUUUUUAUUUUUUUUUUUAUUUAUUUUUUUUUGUGUUAUUUUCAUCCAAUUCAACUUCUUUCCGAAUUGUACUAGUAUCAUCUCAAUUUAUUCAUAUCGUGCUUUUCUAAUUUAUAGUUUGUAAUUGUAUUUAUAUAUUAUUCUUGUUAUAUUGUAUAUCAGUAUGUGUUUCACGAUCGACGUUCUUCAUUUUUUCCUUUGUUUUUUUUUUUUCAAUAUUCGAUAUCUUUUUUCAUUCUUUUUUUAUCUUUUUUUUCUUCUCUCAGAAAAUCACAAAAUACAUUAAUACGUAUAUGAAAUGUCUUUAGUGAAAUGUUAAACAUCUCGGGAUGUAUCGACGAAAAUUUUAUGAAUUUGUUAUUAUACUGUUGCCGAUAAUUCACGAUCGAUUUGUAAAUGUUGAUUGCAGGAAAGCAAAGAUUAGAGAUUAAGUUUUAAGUCAAUCCCAACGUGAUUUUCUACAUUUUAUUCUAUAGAUAUUAUGAUACUUUUGAAACAGACGAAUUUAACAAUAGUCAUGAUCGCCUAAAGUUACAUAGUUUAAUUUUCAUAACUUUAUAAAUUGGCAUUGCCAAAACGUUCCAAUGGAUUACGGCAUUGCCUUUCUAUAUAUAUAUAUAUAUAUAUAUAUAUAUAUAUAUAUAUAUAUCUAACGAUUAUUAUUAAUUUAAUAUCUGCAUAUAAACCACACACCUUAAUAUAAACAUACGUGACACAUAUAUCGAAUAUUUCGGGAAACAGUAAUUAAUAGAUUUUUACGAGUAUAUUACAUAUAUUACAUGCAUUAAACAUACGAUAUAUGUACUACAUCUAUACUAAAGAAAGUUCUUAGAUCGUUCUUAAAAGCGAAACCUAAAAACACAUUCAAGUCAGUCCCGAAACAUAGUUAUGUAAUAAUAAUAAUACGCCCGCUUAAUACAAUAUAAUUUCAAUCUAAAAUGCGGGCAAUAAAACUAAUCAUUUAAACGUUUAAGAUUCGUAAUCAAGAUAAAGUUUGCGUUAUACGACGUAUGUAUAUAUAUAUAACUUCAACAGUUGUUCCAAUUGUUAAUUAUUUAUUACGUUUGCCAGAUAGUUUCUUUCUUGAACCAGCCGUCAAUGAAAUAGUAGAGACCUAGUUUAAAAGAUGUGAAGAAGAGUAAAAAGAUUCCUAUUACUUCUAUAACAUUAUUAAUAUAUGUAAUAUUAUUUUUAUUAUUAUUAUACGACUAUAUAAUGCUUUUCAUCGAUUAUUGACUACAUUUUCUAUUGAUUUCACGUGUAAAAGAUUUCAUCAAUCUCAGAAAGACAACAUUACAUCUACUACAUGUAUUCAAAUUUCUUUUUUUUCUUUUUCAUUCAACGGAGAUUCUUCUCCCAAAUGGUGUUGUAUAUUUCGUUAAGAUUAUCCUUUUUAAGCGGAUGUAAAAAAAAAAAAAGAAAAAAAAAGUAAAAAAAAAUGUAAUGCAAUACGGCUGACAUUUAAUUUGCGUUUUGAAAUAUUUUCCUCGGAUUAUAUUCGAGAAAUUAUUUAGUAAUAUCACGAAAUGAAAAUAUAUACAUGCGAAUACAAAUGACCGUUAAAACAAUAA